GCGACGGUGAAAUGCCAGCGCAGCCAAAACGCUCCGAUGUUGCCAAGAGAAAGCUGGUGAGAGGAGAAAAGGAGAAGUCCGGAAUCUGCGGUUCUGUCUCGUCCUGGAACGCCUGCCAGCUGCUCCGACCCCCAAAAAAGCGUGGUGUACAGACGCGCGAAAAGGUCCGAUUUUCAACUUGUUUCUCGCGUCUCGGUGUCUCCGCCCUGCAAUUGUUUCCGAGAAGCUUCUCUCCACUUUUUUUGCAUUCUGCGUUUCAGUUGGGGCCAUACACACCCCGGUUUUCUCUGUUCGCCUGCCUGCCAGCUGUCUCUCGCGCUCGCUAAACUCUUGAGACGAGCCUUUUGCGCCUUUCCUGUUUCGUUUCUGAUUUUAAGAUGGUCUCUCGUUCCAGCCGCCGUUUACGCACUCUCUAAAAUACACGCUGGGCUCUGCAGACAGCCUCUCCCGGUCGAGGAGGGUGCACAGACAACCGCAAGAGGAGAGUCGGCUUCCGUUCGUCUCUCAGGUCGACCUUCCUCUCAUUUAAAAUGCUCAUUUAAAAUGCUCAUUUAAAAUGCACUUCCUCGUCUCUCUGCUGCUGCGGCUGGUGUGUCUCCGCAGGUGCUUCUGUGGUAGGCCUCAACUGUCGACCAGGCUCUCUCUUUUGUCCUUUUCCUUGUCUUUUUCCGCUUUCGCUCCUUUCCUUCCUUCGUUCCUUUCCCUGCUUCUUUCCUUUCUUUGAGGCCAGGAACUGACCGACGAAGGUCACCUGUCAAACCUCCGUUCCCUCAGGUGCUAAAUCUGCUUGCCGCUGUUUUUUUCUGGUCUCCGUUUCUGAAUUCUCAGUUUCUGCUCUCUUCUUCGCUUCCUCAGCUGUUGACUGGCAGAAGCCACUCGCUGUCUGACUUCCCUUCUCCUCCUUCCUUUCUCUCUUUUCCUCGCUUUCUUCUUCUAUGCAACAGGAUGCGGCGCCAGUCUUCUUCUUCUCAGCGUAGCCCUGCUGCCUCGGGCGUCUCCGCAGACAUGUCGUCGUCGGGUGUUUCUCCUCCUUCUUCCUCUUCUGUUUCUUUCUCCUCCUCUGUUUCUUUCUCCUCCUCUGUCGCCUCUUCUUCCUCCGUCUCUUCUUCUUCGUUCUCUUCUUCCUCCGUCUCUCCUUCUUCGUUCUCUCCUUCUUCGUUCUCUUCUUCUUCGUUCUCUUCUUCUUCGUUCUCUUCUUCUUCGUUCUCUUCUUCUUCGUUCUCUACCUCUGCUUCUUCUUCCUCUGCCUCUUCUUCGUCCGUCCUCGGUGCCUCGACCUUCGCGUCUGCUUUCUCGGCGUCUGUUUCGUCUUCGCCGUCUUCUCUGCCCCAUCGAAAUGGUCGAAAAGUCGAAGGAAAGUCUUCUGCUGCUCCUGUGAAGCAGAGCUGCAGCACCUGCUGUCGCGCGCCGUUCCUCUACAGCUGCGACCUCGACGCGCUUCUCUCCGUCAACAUCGGAGGCCUCUUGACAGUUCCUCGAGUCCCCUCGGCGGUCUGCGACAGGCAAAGCGUCUCCUCAGCCAGACGCGAAGCUCCUCGGGAGAAGCAGGCGAGCGAAAGACGAAGCGAAGCGGAGAACGCAACCGAGAGAUCUGCAUGCGCAGCAGAAGACGCAGACGCUCAGGGAGACGCCGCCGGUGUUCCAGGCGUCGCGGUACACGACCGAGAAGAUCGAGGCACAGAACAAGGAGAGAAUGAUGCAGAAGGCCGAGCCGUCUUCUGGGGACGCGGAGGUGACGACCAAGGGCAACGAGGACCUCCGUUGUUCCCUGAUCACGAGUUGGCUUCUCCUGACUUCGUUGAGGGAGUCAAGGAGGCUUCGCUGAACGCGAAAAAACUUUCGUCUCUGUACGGUGAAGAAGACGAAACAGAUCGAUUUGUGGUGUGUGUCUCUCUCUUUUCGCACGGCCAGCGCGUCUUCCAUCCUGUCACCUGCCAUCCGUCGCCCUGUCCUGCUUUCGCUUCUUGUUCUUCCGAAAAAGGCGAAGACGCUCCUCUGUCGCCUCCCAGUUCGUCUCUCCCCUCCAUCAAAAGGUAUCUUCGUCCCUGUCUGCAUGCACUGAUUGGCGGCUCCUGUCGUCGCUCUUCGUCUUUCUCUUCUUCUGUUUCGCCGGAGCUGUCGCGCUCGUUGGAUGCGUCUCCUUCCUUUCUGCCUUUCCACGUCUCUCUGCGUCUGCCGAUUCGUGUGAGCGCGUUGCCGCGAGAUGCGUUCCUUCUCUGCGCUGUCCGGAAAAAAGAAGUUUUGCCCGAAACUGCAGACGACUGCCCUAGUUCCCUCUACGCUGUCGGCAUCCUUCCUCUCUUCGACAGCGGCGGACAUAUGCGCCAGGGACGCGAGCUCCUCAAACUUGUUCGCGUUCUCUCCCCGCCUUCGUUGUCUUCCCUCUCUCCUUUUUCUCCUUCGUCUGAGAGUCCGACUCCUCGUUUCUUUGAACGAGACGAAGCGGCGCGGGAGGAGCUGCUGCGCCUCUUCGAGUCUGCCGUUCUCUCGCCUGCUUUGCUUCCAUCUUCGCGAUUUCUUUCGCAGAAGAAAGAACGCAUUGCCUUCCAGGAAGGAGCGGGCGACGCGACCGACAGAGCAGGACGAGCCAGCCGGCAUCCGCGAGAGCCUUUCGAGGCGUUUUCCGCGAAGGAAAGACGGAUUUGUCGACCGCUUCAAGAGCAGGAACGAAGAGCGAGGAGUGCCGAACUCGCGGCAGCAGCCGUUGCCGGACGAAGCGGAGACACUGCACCUCACACCCGCCUCCCGAAGAUGUCUGCCGAGACAGUGAUGUCGCUGCUCCUGUCUCCUUCAGCCCCGUGGCUGGCGGCGCUGCUCAGCGAGGCUCCGGCGGAGACAGUGAGAAGUGGAAAGGGGACAGUCAGGCCGUGUGUGUGGAGUGGAGGAUCCGCAUCUCUCUCAGCCGCUGCGAGUCCCCAACGAGACGAGUUCCGAAGAAGAAAGAAGGAGUCGGGGUUUUCUUGCCGCGCAGAACUCCAGGCUAAUCGCCGCGAGGUCGUCGCGCCCUUUGUGCCAGUCGAGGAGCAGCCGUCGUCGAGCUCUGACGAAGACAGAUAUCCCAGGAACGCGUUUGCUUUUUCGAGGUUCUCUUCCCCCUCGUCUCUGCUGCCUCUUGCGACCCACCCGAUCGGCGACCUCCAGGCGGGAGACUCUAACCACGCUCUUCCGCUUCGAUCUGAGCCUUCGCAUCCCUCGCUCUCUGUCUUUGCGGAGCGACGCCUUUCGUCCUCGCCAAAGCGCGACGCGACAAGUCGAGCCAGGCCUGAGUCUCCGUCGUCUGCGGGCGCCGCCUUCGACGCGACAGCCGAGGAGAUUCAAGGCGAGAGCACCUGUCGCGGGACGAUCUUCGGAGAUCUCCAACCUUCAGAGAAGCCGCGAAAAGAGCCUUCCUGCGCUGGGCAGGAACCCAUGGGAGGAGGACAUGGCGGUCGAGACGAGGAACAGUGGGUCUGGCAAUGCGGAAGAGCAAGGCGCGCGUUGAGAGAAAUGUAUCAUCGUCACAUCGUGCUGGAACGCGAACUGUUUCGGUGCGCCAAGUCGCUUGACAUGCUCGAGCGUGGAGCCUUUGCCAGCGGUGGCAUGCGAGUUGACAGCGUCGCACAGGAGAAUCUCCAGAGGUCUCUCUUUGAAAUUCUCUCCCUUCUUCAGAACCACGGCGACUUUCUCGAGGCUCAGCGACGGGCGUCUCUCGCAUGCAGACUUUGGGAGCGAAGCAACUUGCCGACUCCCCACGCAACAAAGAGGAGGCCUUGUCGCACCACCGCGAACUCUCAAGUCGAAUCGGAGUUUCGGCCUUUUCCGCAGGCGUCGUUCGCCUCGUCUUCCUCUUCUGCUUCCUCUACCUCUUCUUCUCUCUCGAGCGCGUCUUCGUCCAGUCUCUUCUCUUCUCGUUCUCUCCGUCGUCCUCUCUCGUCGUCUUCCUCUUCCGGAUCUCCGCCCAUCGACGCUGACUGUCUUCCUUCACAGGUUGAGCCUCUGGCCUCCGAGAUUUGGGAGGAGUCCGUCAGCGCUUCGCGCUCUUCUCCGCGAGCGCGGAGCGACGGUGUCUUCGAGCCUCUGCGCUUGCAUGCAGAGACGACGGCGAUGGCCGCCGUCGGGGCAGCAGGGUAUCUCUACCUCGAGCUUCCGUUCUACAGUUUGCCAGCGCUGCAUGGCGAGCCGCGGAUUGUCUCCCAUGCGUCGCAUCUCCCGGUCGCCCCCGCGGCUGUGCUGCAGCAACAGUUGCAUGCACAGGUCUCUCAGCAGAUGCAGAAGCAGUCCAGUUCCUCCUCUCUGUCUGGAGAGCGGACAAAGUCAGGCGGUCUCGCAGGAUCUGCGGGUCUCUUUGGCAUCUCAAGAGAGGAGCAAGGAGACAACGGAGGAGUAGUAGGAGGGGGGGUGUCUCGGGGAGACGCAUGCGCAUGCAUGCAACAUCCUCUCGCUCCGGCCGUCCUUGCGAGAGCUCUUCAGCAACAGUUUCAGAGACACAGUGUCUCUCCGCCUAACGGAGACCAUUCUGCGUCAACGUCAGCGCCUUCCUCGUCUUCAGCGUCUUGUGCACCUUCUCUAGGGUCUUCUGCUUCGUCGCCUUCUCUGCGUCCUCUUGGGGGAUCAGGCUCGAGGACCGACAGACGCCCAGAGGCCGAGAGAGCAGAAGGGAGAGGACUCGAGAGGGAAAAGGAACUCGGAAGUGGAAACGAAGGAGAGAAAGGCGAGAAGCAGGACGCGACGAAGCGCGACAGGUCUGUCAACGAGGUCCUGCGCCCCGCGGCUUCUCAUGAAGCCCCAACCGCUGUGUCUCAACUCAGUUUCAAAUCUGGAAACGAGACUGGAGAGACAGCUCGACGCAGCGCUGCGGGAUCUUCAACUGAUUUUCGACCUCAAGAAGGACCUUCGCAAGCGAACUGGAUGUCGACCUGCUGGGGUGUCUCCUCAGCUCUCACGCCUUUUUCUCUCGCUUCCUCUCUCCCUCAGCUGUCGUCUCCACCUCCUGGUCCGGCGAGAGCUGUCUUGCCGUCUCCUGCGGUCGGUUCUUCUUCCUCCGUCGGGGAAAGAAGGAACUCCCUUCUCGACAACAGAGGCGCAGAGUCUGCUGCUGCGCUUGACGACUCCUCGCGCUCCUUCCCCGCGGAGAUGCCCGAAACGGAGACAGAGCAGUCUCUGCUGGGCCUCUCCGUCGGCGAGGCUCUUCUCGCUCUGCAAGCGAGGAAUCGCGGAGGGCGAGAAGAGGAAGCGACGACGAACCGUGAAAUGAGGAGAGAAGAACGAACGCAUCAGACUGUGGAAGGCGAAAAAGAAAACAGACGACAGUUCCUGCUCGACUUCUCCUCAUACGUUCCUCACCCUGCAGGUCUCCUCUCGCAGCCGACUGCUCUCGAUCUGCUUGGUCAUGCGUCGGCUGCAGGGGGGGCCUUGCGUCCCGAGGGCUCGGCUGUCGCGUUGCUCCGAGGUCUUCUGCAGUCGCCGCCUCACCCGCUGCGCCUCCACGAACGGCAGCUCCUCUGGACGUAUCGGAACUCGGCGAUUCGCCAGCCGGGGUGUCUCGGGAAGCUUCUGCAGCUCGUGGACUUCCCUUCACCCUCUUCGCGGGUGCCAUGGGCGUCUGCGUCUCCGUCGUUGCCCUCUUCCUCUCAGUCGAUAACUGCCGGCGAAGUUGCUGAGGAAAUUGUCGCACUUGCAGAGCGAUGGCCAGAGGCUCCUCUCGCUGCCGAGAGAGAGAGGAAGGGAGAAGACUUCCUCUCCAGACGGAGCAGAGACUCCCGCAAAGAAGAGGAAGAGAACGGCAAAGAGCCAGCGGAGCGGGGAGAAGAGAGCGGAGUCAGAGACGCCAAAGACGAGGCGAGAGAAGAAGAGAGAGCAACGAGGCGAUGCAAAGAGGAGAGGGAAAAAGGAGAAAGGAGAGGAGAGGACAGACAUCUAAAACGAAAAGCGUCUCUUGGGGUGGAGAACGAUCAAUUGAGGGAAUUUGAAAUUGCCGCAGAAGCGUUCGAAAUCAUUUCAACAAGCUGGGGCAAGGGUGCCUGGUGUGGAGUGGAACGCGCAGCUCAGGUCGUCAGAGCCGCGGCCGUCAGAGCUCUCGAAAGGAUUCCAGACGAAAUUCUCGAGCUUUUCCUCAUGCAACUCGUCCAAGCAAUGAGGUCCGAGCCACUGCCUUUGGACGCGUUGCUGCUCCCCGCGACGUCUGCGCCACAGGCAAAGUCGGCUGCUUUUUCCUUGGCCGCUCCAGCCGUCGCAAGUGUCUCUUCGACUUCUGCCUUGCCCCCCGCAGGGGCGUUGGCGCCUCUGCCUGUCGAUUCUCAAAAAAGUCGCGGACAGUCUGUGCAGAAGAACGAGGAACUGUCUCUGGAGAAAGGAGAGCUGAGAGCGAGGCAAGACGACGUUGCGAGGCGACCUGCGGCAGUGCCGUUAAACGCCUCUGCGCCGCUUUCUUUCGCGAGCGGACGGCAGGCAGGACCUGCUAGCACACCCUUGACGAACUUCCUCAUUCGCCGGUGCCUGCGGAACGCGGGACUCGCGGUGAAGCUCUUCUGGUUGCUCCAGUGCGAGAAAGAAGACCCUGACAACGGCCAUAUUUUUGUCCGUGCAGAGCAACGCUUCUUCGACGCGCUUCACAAAAAUGCUGCGCGAAAAGGGCGAAAGGAAAAAACAGUCCCUGCUGCGGCGCCUCCCCCCUCUUCGUCCUCCUCGUCUUCUCGCGCUUCUUCUUCCUCGUCUUUCGCUCCUUCGCACCCUUCAGCGCCUGCGUCGCGCGCCAGGCUCAGCGAGACACACGGCGACGAAGCCACCGGCGCAGGAGGCUCGGAGGGGGGAAGGCUCAUGACAGAGGGUGGGGGAGGGAAAUCCGCGAGAGAGAAGGACUCAGACAAACGUGAGGAAGGAGACAAGAUCCACGAAGACAGAGGAGACGAAGAAGAAGGGAGAGCUCGAGACACAGAGGAGGGAGAAGGACGUGGAGGACCGGAAAAGGCGAAGGCCGAGACGCAUGCAUCAGAUAAGGACGAGGGAGAGUGCCAGCCGCAAAAAGGGGAAGAAGACGAAGAUUCUCGAAGGAAGAAGAGAUCAGGCGAUGGGAGCAGAGGGCCGAGUCGAUCGGCGCUUUUGGCUGCGGAAAUCCUGGAAAUUCUGGAGCUCCAAGUGCAGCUGCGAAACCAUCUGAUGGCGUUGAAUGGGCAGAUUCGUGACAAGCGAGAAAGAGCAGAGAGGAAAACCGAGCACCUCCGGGAGCUUCUCGAAUCCACGCCUUUGUGCCCAGGGUUAAUCUGCUUCUCUGCUUCGACGACGCCUGCGUCUCUUCUUCCGGCCCCGCCUGCGUCUUCGUCCUCUCCUCUUCCUCUGUCUCAGGUUGAGCCGUCUGCCUCUGCGUCUUCUGCCUCUUCUGCUUCUUCUGCUUCUCCCAAUCUUUCUUCGGUUCGUGUAGACUUCUCUCCUUCGGCCUUUCCUUCGCUGACGUUCGAGCAAAUCGAGGAAGAAGAGCUUCAGGCUGAGGCUCUGUCGAAGAGUCGACGGGGAGACGAGCAGGCAAAGACGGAGACUGUCGACGAGAGGGAACGCGACGUCUCAGCGCCUGUCUCCUCCAGCUGCGACGGUUCUUCUCUCGCUCUUCCUUCCGGAGAUAUCGAGGCCGACGCACAUUCGUCACGGUCCCAAGCAGACCCUCUCCUCGAUCACCCAGACACCUCCAGACAACCAUCUUCUUCCCGUUCAUUCUGUGCUUCUUCUUCCUCCGCGUCUUCUUCUUCUUCCGCGUCUUCUUCUUCUUCCGCGUCUUCUUCUUCUUCUUCCGCGUCUUCUUCUUCCUCUGCUUCUGUGGAAACGCAUGCACUGAGGUUCGUGCGAGGUUCGCGGGCCUUGUGGCCUGGGGUGCCUCUGCCGGUGGACGUGGAUUUGAGGCUGGUCGGCGUGGAGAUCGCCGAGUGUUGGGUGGUGAGAAGCAGCCUGUACCCUCUCGUGCUUUCCUGCUGGGUCCUGUCGCUGCGCAACCGCUCGCGGAGAGGCGAACGCCGACGCCGGGAACUUCGCGGCCCGAGAGCGGCGGAGAAGCCAGAAGUGGAAGAGAGACCGCGCCGUCGUCAGCCAGACAACCCACCUCACGCCGUGGAGCGAGACGCGCACUGGCCGAGAACGAGAGAACAAGAAAACGAAGAAACGCAGGAGGGAGAACAACUAAGAGAAGGAGAAGGAGGAAGAGAACAAGACGGAGACGAGGAGGUGAAGGUGCCUGUGAGAGAAGGGGGGAGAAAAGGAGAUCUGGAGAGAGAGGAGAGAAGCGCCGAGGAGAGCGGGGCCUUCUCUGCGUUGGGAGUCCCAGACGAGACGGACGCGCAGGCAAGAUGCACGCAUGCAGGGGCGACGCAAAGAAGAGAAAAGGAAAUCGCAGCAGGAGAAGACGAAGAAGAAGCGCAGCUUCAUCCCAGCGCCCGUACAUGCCCAAAGGCUGUGCCCGGUGACCCGCCGCGACAGGGUCCAGAGGUGUCGACGAGGAGAGGCGAGGAAGGAGAGGAGAAAAGCGAAGAUCAGAACGCGUCGGAGAGCAGAGCAGAUACGAAGGAAGAGAAGAAAGGGAACGAAGAGAGGGGAGAAACCGGAAGCGGCAAGGCGCCUGGUUCCAGGGAAGGUGGGCGCUUUAGCGUUCGCAACGCCUGUACCGGCGAGGUGCAGAAGAAGUUGUUUCUGUACAAAGUUGGAGAUGAUUUGAGACAAGACAUGCUCGUCCUGGGCGUCAUUCGCCUCGUCGACUGCCUCCUCAAACAGUAUGGCGUGGAUCUGAAGUUUACGCCCUACCGAGUCGUGGCAAUGUCGACCGAGGACGGCCUCAUCGAGUUCCUCCACGGCGCCGAGUCGCUCAGCUCGAUCAAGAAAAAACACAAAACUCUCAUCAAUUAUUUCACCCACGUCCACCCCGACCCCGACAGCCCGUGCGGCUUUUCCGAAAAAGUCUGGAGCAAUUUCAUUCGGAGUUGCGCCGGGUCCUGCCUCGUCACUUUCCUCUUGGGAAUAGGAGACAGACACCUCGACAACAUUCUCGUCGGCCUCGACGGGCGCCUCUGCCAUAUCGAUUUCGGUUUCAUUCUUGGCGAAGAUCCGAAACCGUUUCCGCCUCCAAUGAAGAUAUGCAGCGAAAUGCUGGAGGUGAUGGGUGGGAUUGGGGGCGAAGGGUACACGCUCUUUGUGGCACAGUGUUGCCAAGCGUACAAAAUUCUUCGCUUUCAUGCACAGCUGCUUUGCGUGCUCUUGGAUCUCAUGGUCGACUCUGGAAUCAAGGACAUCAAAAAAAAUCUGGUCUCCUCCACGGCCUAUCCCGCCGAGCUCGCCGCCCACGUCGCGCCCCACCCCGCAAGUGGCUCCGCGCCCCCCCAGCCCGGCCCCGCUGUCUCCGCGGGUGUCUCCGUCGCGGGCCCCUUGGGCUCCAACUUGGGCUCCGGCGCGCCGGCGGGCCUGCCGAAGGGGCCUGUGCGAGGGGCCGAGGCGGGUGUCUCCGUCGCGGGCCCGGGUUUGUUCUGCGGAGACAGGUCGCCUCAGCUGUCGGGGUCUGGGGCCUUCUUCUCGGACUCAGGCCUCCUGAGCUUCCCGGCAGCGACUGCCUCCUUCGAGUCCGAACCGUCUCCAGGGGGCGGCUCCGCACCCACGCACGACGACCUGGAGCCCAGAGGCGCCGGGGCCGCCGCCCCACAGGGCGCCGGGUCUGCGCAGGAGGCCGCGCCUGGACGCAGCAGGCGAAGAGUGGUUUGCGUGGCUUUGGAAAAAGUGAAGGAGAAACUGAGACUGGAUUUAGGAGACGAAGAUGCAGAGCGAUUUCUUGUCGGAGUCAUCAACAGCAGUGCACGCGCCCUCUUCCCUGCAGUCGUCGAUAAACUCCACGAAUGGGCUCUCUACUGGAGAUGAGGAAACGUGACGGAAAACGAAACUGAACAAUCUUCUAGCCUCAGUAAUUAUGUCGGAGUGAAUACUUCAAGUGGUACACGCGUGCAUGGAAAUGCUCAAAAACAUAUUUUUAUAUAAUAUAUAUAUAUAUAUAUGCAGAGAGGAGAGUCGGUGCGUCAGAGGAAUUGUGUGUUGGUGAACUUUUCAAAGGGGAUCUUUUUUUUCAGGGACAGCGGAGGAGAAGGCAUGCAGUUUGUUGUGCGAUGUUCAGUGCGUCGUCUGUCCGGCAUCGGGGACUGUAUCCGCAGGUGUCUGUGAACCUUGUUCGUGACUAAGACGCGUUUGCGGCUUUUUCCAGGGAGCGCUGAAGUCCCGCGAAGGUUGUUCCUCGG